AUGAAAAUGCAGGGCGGAGGGCGACGGCGAGGCGCUGCUUUGCUGGCUAAGAGCUGUUCGCUUGCUACUGCUGCUGCUGCUGCUGCUACUUCUGGUGGUUCACUUCAGACGGUCGACGACGGACGAGAGCGAGUGAUUGUGAAGGAUGCUGCCGAUCGUGGAUCGAAGUUUCGACCAAUCCUGUGA